AUGUACAGGAUCGUACCAUACGGCUGUCUGGCGACAGGGGACCGCGCCGGGCUGAUCGAGGUGGUUUCAUCAGCAGACACGAUUGCCAACAUCCAGCUGACGAGCAGCAACGUGGCAGCAGCCGCCGCCUUCAACAAAGAUGCUCUGCUCAACUGGCUGAAGGAGAGGAACUCUGGCGACGCUCUGGAUCGCGCCAUCGAGGAGUUCACACUGUCGUGUGCAGGCUACUGUGUAGCUACAUACGUCCUGGGCAUCGGAGACCGCCACAGUGACAACAUCAUGGUCCGCAGCAAUGGACAGCUCUUUCACAUAGACUUUGGUCACAUCCUGGGAAACUUCAAGUCCAAGUUUGGCAUCAAGAGGGAGCGCGUGCCCUUCAUCCUCACACACGAUUUCAUCCAUGUCAUCCAGCAGGGGAAGACGGGCAACACAGAGAAGUUUGGCAGUUUCCGUCAGUACUGUGAGGAGGCCUAUCUGAUCUUGAGGAAGAACGGGAACCUCUUCAUCACAUUGUUUGCCCUCAUGUUGACAGCUGGACUGCCAGAGCUCACCUCAGUCAAAGACAUCCAGUACUUAAAGAUCUCUCUGGCUUUGGGUAAAACCGACGAUGAGGCGCUGAAGCAGUUUCGGCAGAAGUUUGAUGAGGCCCUGAGAGAGAGCUGGACCACCAAAGUGAACUGGAUGGCUCACAACGUGGCCAAAGACAACCGGUCCUAGAGCAGCUGCCACCACCACCAGGCUGAGAGGACACAUGUGUCUCACACACACACACAAACAGCCUUUAUUUAAGAAAAAAAAAGGGAAUUCAGCAGCAGAUCCCAAAAAUGAGCAGACCCCGCCCCUCCCCCGCCCCCGAACAUUUGUGGUCUGAUGACAUUUCAGUAACGUCGCUGCAGAUUUUGCACAGGCAGCAACAGUGGGCGGAGCCACAGGAAGGGAAGAGUAGCAGCCACACUGGAGACGAAGACGACGUCAUCGUCACUCUGAGUGGACACAUGGCCUGGCCACGCCCACGAGAGAUGGAUGUGGGAAUGCAAAAGGAGUCCCACGUCUUUAAACUCCUCCCACAGGAAGUGCAUGUUAACUGUCUGGCUGCCUCCAAACUGUGCCUCAAAACUGCAGAAAGAUUGUAUUUUUUUAUGAGUUUUCUUGUUUUUUUUCUUUUUGCCAUUUAUGAAUUGACCAUGUGACCAUUGUAUGUGCCAGACUACUUCACUAGCCCACAAAACACAAAUAAAACGUUUCAAUAAAAGACGCCCUGAACGUUUGGACAUCAGGUCAUAUGGACUAUUAUAAUAAUUAUUAUUAUUAUUGUUAAUAAUAAUAAUAAUAAUAACACUGGAGGAAGUCUGGGAUUUGUGUGAGGUACUGACACGUAGCACUGGUUAAGGGCCGGGGUCACACUUUGUGAGCCAGUGUAGCCACAGAGGUCAGACUCUUCCUCGUUUGGUCAAAAGUGAUGAUGAAAUACUCAGUCACCAUGGAAACGGAAGUGUACUGACUCCCACACUUGAACAACGCCACGCUCAAAGAACACAAACACCUUCCAGUGACAACAUGCUGCGAUUUAAGUGGAAUACGAGAAUCAUCUCAGUCUUAAGUGAAGAAAAGCGACGCGGUGACUCGACACGUGCUCGUCUGUCUCACUGCUUACGUUUAUCUCACUGUUCCACGGCCUUUUCUGCCUGGUAACUGGACUUACUCCCCUACACCAAAGUCCUUAGAGAUUUAACAUCACAACACAGUAGAUAUAUCAACAACUUUAUGUUCAUUUGUGUUAUUUUGUGACUUUUAUUGACACAAACAGCAGAGACUUUCUCUCUGGACUUUGGUGCAGGAGUGUGAGCGAUUCACAGCCCGGACACGGACGACUUAAUGAUCACUGUAAUUUCCAACAUUAAAACGUUAGUAUUAGAUGAAACGACCACGUGUUUUUUUAAUGUAUUUAUAUGAGAGCGUUAUUAGAAUUAGACAGAAUGUCAGUUAUCACGAGCCCAUUGUCAGCAUUUCUGUUCAUACUUGUUUUCCAUGAUCUGAUUCUAAACUGAACGCAUUUAUGUGCCGCACUCUCUUUUUAUUAUUAAGUGUAUUUGUUUUUCUACAAGCAGGUGUGGGAGGCGGGGUCUGUGGGCGGGGCUUCUCAGUAGGGAGAUGACACUGUAAUGUAAAAGCUAAUUCCCCAACGUACGGCGUUCCAUUUUCAGUGCAAUAUGCGAGUGUAGGAUCCGUAUCACGGGCCAAAAAGCCUCUGAUGGGUUUUGUCUGUUGUUGGUUUAUCAUCUUCUAAAUGUCUCACACACUGGAUUUUGUUUCUGUGCAUUUCUGGCCUUUCUUUGUUUUAUUAAAGUUCAUUUCCACCCGUGCUCUGUGUACUGCUGCAGGUGUGCAGUCUUAUUUGAGCGCUAGCAGGUGUAAAAUAAAGAUGUAUACUUCUCAUGAAUAAACUACAAACUAGUUUGA